AUGCUGCGAUCCGUUGCCACCCUCUCCAAGAGGUCGGACGCGGCCAGGCAAGCGACCCGCAGAUGCUCAAAGGGGCGGUCUCUCUGGACGGGUGGCUUUGAGGACUCGACAGAAAGCUCCUCCCGGAAGCGUCUUCUCCUAUUUGACAUUGCAAACGAUCAAUCGCCCUUUUCCUCCCAGCGCACCCACUCUUAUUUCUCCCCGAACACGAUCCGCUCGCGACUGGCCUUGCACUACAAGGGUCUCGCAUACACGCAAUCCUGGAUCUCUUACCCGGAGAUCGAGCCGCUCUGGCAGGAGUUGAAGAUUCCGAUUCCGCCGCACGAGGAGGUCUCAGGUACCAAGCGGCGGACCUCGCCGACUUGUACAUUGCCCAUCCUUCUCCUCGGCGCCGAAGACUUUCAGGAGGAUGCCUUGACGAGAUUACACGAUGCAAAGAUUCCGGGGGUUCACGAGACGGUGCAGACGAGGUACGGCAUCUUCACACCUGUGGUGUCGACGCUGGGCAUCGCCAUGGCCCUCGAAGUGCUCUUCCGGGACGGGGACCCCGAAAGGUAUUAUCCUCCUUUAUUCCCUGAUCGAUUUUCCAUAGAACAGACGCAAGACGUGCAAUCCAUCGUCACCGGUUUGCUACCUGCCACGCGACGGCUCAUCAUCCCUUCCGUGCCGGACAUCCUCGACGACAGAGGGAAAGAGUACUUUACCCGCACCCGUUGUGAGUGGUUUGGCGUGUCUUCCCUCGAUGAGCUCCGCCCCAAAACGCCAGAAGAGACAGAUCGCCUGUGGGCCGACAUCGAAGCCAAACUCGAGCCCAUCCUGCGUACACUGCACGACUGUCCUCUGGUGAAAGGUCCCGAGCUGCACGACUCCCUGGACUGGAAUAUAGAGGGAGAUCCGCGCGCCCGGUCGGCCGUGAGUGAGCAGAGUGUGGCUUCCAGUGUACCUGUGCGCUACCUCUCCGGCGGCCCCUCCCCGACCUAUGCGGAUUUCAUCCUCAUGGCCUUUCUGGCCUGGAUCGCCCGCGUCGACAUGGACGCCUGGGCCCGCCUGACCCUCUACAUCGGCGACGGCGUCCUCGAGGAUCUCUGGAUGGGCUGCCUUCCCUACCUCCGCAGUGGUGUCUACGUUGAAACGCUGGAGUGGUUCAAGCCCGACUUGAAAAGGCCAUAUUCGUUGCGGAAAUGA